AUGCUCACUGGUGCAUACUCUGGAAGCACCAUCCAAAACUAUUCCUACGGAGUACAAGCAUGGCAUAUCCUACAUGGUCUCCCAUGGGAGAUGAAUGAGCCAGAGAUGGUGUUUCUGCUCAAAGGUGCUGAAAAGGUGGCACCAGCAUCGGCAAAGCAAAAGAAAAGAGUGCCGUACACCCCAGACUUCAUGACAGCAAUCAAAGACCAACUCAACCUCUCGAAGCCUUUUGACAGUGCGGUUUAUGCAUGCCUCACCACCACAUUUUACACCGCUGCUCACCUCAGCAAAUUUGUCAUCCCAAACUUGAAAUCCUUUGAUGCUGUGCUCCAUGUCAAACCAUCAGACAUAAAACAUGAGACAGACCACAACAGACUCCACUUCACCAUAUUCCACAUCCCAAGAACAAAAGUUUCAAUCCACGGAGAGGACGUCUCAUGGUCAAGGCAGAAUGGCCUGACUGACCCCGAGGCUGCUUUCAAACACCAUUUGGAAAUGAACACACCACCGCCAAACAGUGCACUAUUCGCCUACAGAUACAAAAACGGACACAGACCAAUGACAAAGCCUGCAUUCCUAAAAGCAUUGGCCAAAGCUGCAAAAUCUGCUGGCCUCAAACCCCACCAAGGCCAUGGAAUCCGAAUUGGAUUGACAUUGGAAUAUCUACUACGUGGGGUCCCAUUCGAAGUUGUGAAGGUUAAAGGAUGA